GUUACGCGCGCAUCUAUUUCCGGCACGCACCUACCAGCAGCAGGGUUGGUUGCGCGCGUAGAAAUGAGCCCAUUGGCGGGAAAACCAUGUGGGCCGGGCCGUCGGGCGCAUUAGCGUGCGGGAUGGGGCGGGGCAGGCGGCUGAAGCUUGGGUUGACAGCCUUACUUCCUUUGCAGCGCAACCCCAAAGCCAAGCAGUGGGUCGCGGGGCCUGACGGUGCGGGCGAGUUCACCGGCGAUGGCGGUCCACGGCUCACAUGAAUCUGACCCGCGCACACCCAACUUGGCCUCAUAUACGGCCGUCUUCCUAAGCUGCCGCCACUGAAAACUCCCGGCAGGCGCGACCGACCGACAUGAAGAUUCUCGAUUGUACUUCAGCCUCGUCAGUGCCGCGGGAAGUUUGCAUUGCUCCUUCCUGGCUGUCCUGGCUUUCUCACAGCUGUGGCUUCCUCACCUUCUCCAUCUCCAAGCAACCAUGUCGGGAUUGACAGAAGCACCACAUAGCAGUUCUUUAGGAGCGCAGGCCGCGGAGGGCUCGGCCGCGGCUCGCACCUACUCAGCGCCGAGCGCGGUCGAGCGCGGCGGCGGCGGCACGCGCGCUGCUGCACGAGGCGGCGGGGCGGAAAAGCACAAGCUGAUACAGUACAAGGAGGACGAGGUUGCCAUAUCGGAGGACCCACAGCAGCGACAGCGACAGUGCCGGCCGCUAUCUUUCAGUCGCUGGUUCGCGCGCGAGGCUCGCGCCACCGACGUGUUUGUGGUGCUGGUGGAGGUGCUCAUUAUCAACUGGCUGCACGCGGCGCGGCUGGGCGAGGCGCUCCACUGCGGCGAGGGCGGGGCAGCGGCCGGCAGCAGCAGUGGCAGUAGCAGCAGUGGCAGUAGCAGCCGUGGCAGCAGCAGCAGCAGCAGUAGCGGCAGUAGCCCCUUCCCGUGCGGCGGCGGGCUGUGGUCCAAGCUGCUUUGGUCUCUGAGCUCGGGCGCGGUGCUGGACCCAGUGCUGCGGCUGCAGAUGUGGGACUACAGCAAUUUCCUCUACAUCUGGACCCAGCUGGCGGUGGUGCUGAUUGCGCUGCUGGCCCCCGCGCUGUACGAGCGCUGCCGGCACGCGCUGAUGGCCGGCGCGGGCGUCGCCAUGCUGCUAGGCGUGCACUGGUCGCUGUGGGCCGCGCCGUCGGGCCCGUUCCCUCUCAACUCGUGUGUCAUGCUGUCUGCGCAGCGGCGGCGCAUAGGCUGUGUGUACAUGGGCUGGAAGAGCGCCACGGUGUUUCGGGUGCCCGCCUCCGCUCAGCUGGUCACGGGGCCGCUCCUGUGGCUGCUGAUGGCGGCCGCACUGCCGAUGACCGACCGCCGCAUGCCGCCGCCUGGCAGUGACGCAGGCGGUGGUGGUGCGGAUGGCUACCGGCGGCUCGCAGUUGACACGCUGCUUCUCUUCCUGUCCAUCGCCGUGCUGCCGUAUGUGCUGUGCCGCAUCUGGGAGGCCCGGGCGCUGCGGCCCGCCUAUCAACGCUACCUGCGUAACUUCACCCAGCAGCAGCAGCAGCAGCAGCAGCACCGGGGCACCACUGCAGGAGCCAGCAGCCCGACCUCCUCCUGUGGCUGCGUGGAGGAGGCCGGCGGCGUUGCAGAUGCAGUAGAAGCAGCAGGCAGCCGCCGGGCCGCGGAUACAGCAGGCACCACCGCCGGUGCAAGCGGCUUAGGUGCUGGUGGCGGCUGUGGUGAUGACCUCGACGGCAGCGCCGCAGGCAGCAGCAGUGGAGACGAUGACCGCAGUCCCAGCACAGCUACCAGCCCGGGAACCUACGGCGGCGUGUUCGGCAGCAGCAGCAGCAACAGCGGCAAUGUCUGGGCUUGCCGCCUGGUGGGUUGCCGUAGCGGCUCAUCUGAGCCAGCGACUUCAAACCUUCCUGCUGCGUCGGAUUGGCCGGCGCCAAUCACCGCAGCAAAGACUACGGCGCUGGAGCCGGCGGCUGGGCACACAGCUGCUGUCGACUCGUGCCCAGCAGACUUCCCACCGCGCCGCCAGGACCCCAGUAGCCGUGCUCCAUCCUGGGAAGUCCGGAGCGGGAUCCCGUCGUCAAUGCGGCUGCCUGUGGUCUCGCUGGCCGCCGCGGCGCCACCAACAGCUCGUGCGACCCCCGCCAGCGGCCGGCACCAGGCGCCGCCAGCAGCGGGUGUGCUCUACCGGUCCAGCAUGUCUGAAGGCGGCGGCGGCCUGAGCCGCACCACCCGCACCGCCCUGGUCAGCAUCAAGGUGCCCGUCCGCCACCGCGGCUCCGACCCCGGCUCCGGCAGGUCUGGUGCCGGUCACAGCGGCCUGCCAGCACAGCAGCUGCCGACAUUCGAGGAGGCGUCGGCCCUUGUGCUGCAAAGGACGGGCGCCGCGCUCAAAUCGCACAACCGCCGCGCGAAUACACGACUGCAAGAGGCCGCCGCUAUCCAGCCGACAGCAGCAGGUGCCGAGAGUGUGGCAGUGGGAAGCCGCCUGCCUGCGGCCGUACCGCUGCGCUGCCUGUCGGCGGUGUGUGUGGAGGGCUGCGUGCAGCUGCUGAUGGUGGUGCACUUCGUGACGGCGGGGGUGGCGGGGGAGGAGGCAGGCGGUCAGGAAGCGGAGGGGCAGGCGGCGGGGCAGGAGGCUCAAGGCGGGGGUUCCAUUCCCCUCCUGCACCACAUGCAGCUGCCACACACCGCAGGCGGAGUGGCCGAUGGGGAGCCCGAGGCAGCGGCAUCAGUGAUGACAGGGAAGAGUGUCAGCGCAGCCGUGCAACAGCUGCUGGCACACAUCGGGACGGAGGUGGAGCAGAUUCAAGCAGCUACCAGCGCCUCCGCCGCCAGCGCCAGUAGUGGCGCUUCCGUCACGGCUGCCUCAACCGCCGCGCCAGCCUUCUGUUGGCCGCCGGCGCUUCCGCUGCUGCCAGCUGCGCCCGGCGAUGCGGCAGCAGGUGCUGAGGUGGGCGGGGCAGCUGGUGAGGGUGACGAGGCGGUGGUGCUGCUGCUGCAGCUGCCGGCGGGCUCGGCUCGUGGCCUGCGCUCUGUGCGCUGCGUGCUGGCGGGACCAGCAGCGGUACCGCCAGCACCGGAGCCCGGAGGAGACGGUGCCGGUGAAGGCGGUGGCGGAGGCGCGGCGGCGGCUGUAGCCUACAUGGAUGUGGAGCUGCCGCUGCGGUUGCUGCAACAGCCACUGGCGGGCGGCGAGGCAGGCGGCGUGGAGACCACUACUGUGUCGGCGUACGUCAGGCUGCCCGUGCCUCCGCGUAUGCGCAUGGGGGCCGGCGGGCUGCGUAUGAUGUAUGUGCUGCCGCCCCCAGCACACGAGACCGCUGCCGGCACCGCCAAUGCCGCAUCGGCCAAGGAGAGUCCUUUCACCACCACCACCAUCCGGCCAACAUGGCUGGCAGCAGAGCACGGGGCCGAGGGCACGAUCGCAUUCCCGGCGGCCUCCUCCCUGGUCUCCGUGGCCCCCUCCGCCGCCUGCGGCUCUGGAACGGACGCCUAUGCAGACGCACCUGCCGGAGCCAACACCAGCUCAGUUUCGACCAAUGCUACAGUCAAUGCGUCCGCCGCUGCUUCUGGCACUUCCAGUGCCCGCAGCAGCAUGAGUGGCGGCCGCGACAGCACCGCACCACUGGCGGUCGUGCCGCUGCUGGUGGUGGGGUCGGAGGCGGCGGCGGAGCUGCGGCAGCUGCAUACGCAGGUGCUGGGGGAUGAGGCAGUGGCGCGGCUGCAUCAGCUGACCACCAUGGCUGUAGCAGGCGCGGCUGUGGAGGCUGAGGCAGUCAGCAGCCACAGCGCUGGAGAGGGGCUGUCGGGCGCUGCCGCGGCGCUGCAGCACAGCGGCCUGACCAGUCUGGUCCUGGACUUUGGGGCGCUGCUGCAGGUGCCGCAGAGCUUCGCCUCCGGUGGAGCCGACGCCGAUGAGUCAGCCAUCUCAGGCGCGGCGUUUGUUGACCUGUUGCGCUUCCUGGCGGCACAGCGCAUGGCGGGCUGCCUGCGUGAAGCGCUGGCGCCGCUGCAGCGGGCGUGCGUGCAACUGCCUGUGUCGCUAGGGGAGGAUCAGGACAGUGCAGUUGCAGCAGCCACGGCCAGUGGCGAUGGCGCUGUGCUUCACGCGCGCUGGCAGACAGCAGCUGAAGACCCACUGCCACCUCCUGCGCAGGCGCCUGAUACCGCUCCAGCAUGCGACGCACCCGGACAUUGCAGUGAGCAGGAGCCGCAAGCUGCUGGCGGGGCGGGGACUGCAGGGAACAGUGCCCAGCCGCCUCGCGGUUCACGACUGAUGACAGCAUCCGAACCGCCUCGCGGACAGCCUGCAGCUACAGGUUUAGAGGGAGACGAAGGCGAUGCGGUGGCAGGAGGUGGCGAGCAGGCACUGCAAGCAACCCUGGGAUUCUUGGGGCAGCCCGAGCCGGCGGUGGAGGAAGCCGGGCAAGCGCGGGCCGUGCAGGCGCAUGGGGCUGACCGACAGGCGGCGGCAUCGCCCGUGCCGCCCACAGCUGCUGCGGGCCCAUGCGGAGACAAGAGCUACAGCAGCGCCCCAUGCAAUUAUCCGGCGGAGGAAACUUCGAUGCUGCCAUUCGCUGAUCCUUCAGCUUGGCCGCCCGGCGGCUGCACGCGCUCCCAGCUGGUGUGGUGGCUGCGGGUCUUGGCGUUCGGCUUCCCGCGCGCGCUGCCGGCUCCCACCCCCAGCCAGCAGACCGGCAGCAGCAGCCAGCCGCCGCAACAGGACGCCCCGUCGUCACGGCCGCUGAGCCUGGAGGCCGCGUACCAGGCUUACAAGGCCGCCAGCUGCCGGCCCCUGGACCGCAUGUCCCUCAACCUGUACACCGGGAUCCGGGUGGUCACGACGUUGCGCACGUACACGUCGGCUGGCCUGCUGGUGCGUCCGCUGAUAGCAGCCUCGGCGGCGGCAGCGGCAACAGCCGCCAGCGGCUCGGCAGCUGCGGCCACGGCGAUUGCUGGGCGCGGCCUGUGGCGGGCGGCGCAGGUGGUUGUGGGUGCGGCACAGCCGCCGGUGUCGUGCACCUGCCCGCGGCCCUACCUGGAAGGCUGUUGCCGCGGCCUCACACGUGAUGACCUCGAGAUGAUCGCGCAGUGCGUCUACCUCGCGGUGGGCGUGCUGGGCAUCGCGCUGGCGGCCUGCACGCGGCUGCACCAGCGGCGGCGCAACGCCUUCCUGCUGCUGCGCGCGGGGCUGGACGCGGCCGCAUUCAUGACCAUCGCCCUACCGUUGCCGCGCUGGCCGGCGCCGCUACUGGGUUUCCCAGAGACAUGGCUCGACAGCAACAGUCGCGCCGGCGUGCACUGGCUGAUGUUUGGGCUGUAUGAGCCGCUCACGCUGCAGCUGUCGCCCUACCUGCAAGCGAUCCAGGCCCUCAUCUUCGUGCUGCCGCUGACGCUCCUCGGCUACCACUCCAGCGGCUGCCGCUGGCGGCCCGCGCUGCGGUUUGGCUUCGGGCACGCACUGCUGGCGCUGGCGGUGUCCGCGGCCACGGACGCACGGAGCCGGGUGCUGUACCUGCACCGGGCGCGGGGCGGCGCCGGCAGCAAAGCAAGGCUAGCCUAGGUGCGUGGCAUGAGAGAGAGGACCAAUGCCCUGUUUCAUGGGCUUAUGUGCGUAUGCAUACUGCGUUGCAUCCAUUGUACUGAAUCGAAUGUAUCAUCGGCUCAUUAGACUGACACAAUCAGCACUCACACGUACUCUGAGGAGAAGAGGGAGCAGGGGGCUGUGGCGCACAGCGUUUACGGUACUCUAUUAGGUUUACCGCCUGGACAUUGGGAGCAGAGAAAGGGAACGUCCAUGCGGGGACUGCUGCAGGGUCGGUUGUGCUGUUUGAACGGUCGUCUUGAAGCCUCUGGCUCGGCUGGUAGGUAGGGCGGAGUGGUAGAUAGCGCCAGCAGGCGAGGCAGUAACAGAAGCGAGGUCCCCUGGAGCGCGCGUGCGUGGUGCCUCGGCAGUAGGGGGCGGGUCCCUUGGCACGCACCGCGUGGUGCCUGUGGCUCGGGGGUGGGCUGCGCAUGCAGGAGACCGUGUAGCGAGGCAUCGGCGCGCGCGCCAUCCACCUGAGGCGGGCCAGGCUGAGACCGGUGGUUGUGUUGUCUUUCAACGCAUGCAAGAUUUGCCAAUAAGGGUGGAUGGGCUAAGGCCCCGGCAGCUACUAUCCCACUGCUGCCAAUCGCGGUUCUUGCGGGAGUGAGGCAGGCGUGCACUUCAAGCAGGCACCCAUCCGCGCACAACAGCUACCAGCCAGGGACGACCGUGGGAGUACACCCACCUUAUCAUACUUGCCAUAGUUCGGCAGGCGAGUCAGCGAACCGCUGACCCAUUCCAUUUGGGUCGGGUGCACCCAUGCGCGCGUUAGGCCGGCGGGGCGGGGCGCGCUAAGCGGGUAAACCUGCUGGGUUGAUUACAGGCAGGGGU